GCCAUCUAACUCCUAGCAACCAAGAAAGCCAUAGCCGAACGGGUGGCCCAAAAGGAACAGAAAGUCCUUAAAGAUGCCGCCUUCUCUGGAUUGGGGAAAACUCAUGAAAGUGGACCCAGAUGCUCUUCCUAACCAAGAAAGGAUAGCCAAUGAAAUGCAAGCUACGAUAUCAAAGGUCAAAAGCAUAGAUAUAAAAGAUGAGCCUAAUGAAAACUUGAUACAGCUGUUCAGGAUUUCACAAAGCUUGAUGACGUUAAAGGCUCAAGAGGUACAAUUAUUGUUGGAAGAAGCAGAGAAAGCAAAUGAAGAACAAUUGAAAAUUGAAAACCAGUUAAGAAACAGGGUAAAGCGACUGGAGAAUGAAAUCGAGAUGGCACAGCUUUCUACUGGAAGCAGAGAUUCACGUUUUUUGCGUGAAGAAAUUAGACAACUUGAGGAACAGUUGCGUCAGAGUGAGCGAGAAUUAAAGGAUAUGGCAAAUGAGUUGGAAAGGGAGAAACAAGUUAAUGAACAACUUGCCCUCCGAAAUGAAGAAACUGAUAAUGAAAAUAGCAAGUUAAGAAGAGAGAAUGAGCAGCUCCGUCAAGACGUCAUUGAUUAUCAGCGCCAGAUUGACUCUCAGAGGGAAACCCUUAUGGCACGUUCCCGUGGACAGGAUUUAAAGUCUUUGCUUUCUCAAAAGAACAUGGAGCUGGUCAAGUAUCUUGAUGAAAUUCAGGGCUUAAGUGAAGCUAAUGAGAAGCUAGAAGUUCAGAACCAGGAACUGACCAAGCAUCUUGAGUACUCUGUGCACGAAAUGGAAAAGAUGACUGAUGAGUACAACAAAAUGAAACUAAUGGUACAACAUAGUGACGGUAUUAUGGAUCGUCUGAGAAAAGAGAAAGAACAGCAUAGACUUCAAGUUCAGGAACUAGCAGAACAACUGAAAGCAAAGAAUGAAGAAGAUGAUCCAGUGAUGAGAGCUGUAAAUGCAAAAGUGGAUGAAUGGAAGAUAAUAUUGGCCUCCAAAGAUGAUGAAAUUAGUGAUUAUCAAAAAAAGAUUAUCGAUCUUAGAGAAAAAAUUAAAAUCGCUCAGCUUGAUGCAGAUAAAAGCAGUGUUCUUGCUCUCCAGCAGGCCUUACAGGAAAAGGACAAUCAGGUCAAAAUGCUGACUGAGAAAUUGGAGCAACACACACAUGAGAUGGAAUCAAACACAUUUCACAUUGAAAAAUUAAAGUUGCAGUUUCAAACGGAAAAAGGUGUUUCUGGGCAUAUAGAAAGCAAGAGAGCUGAAGAACUUGUGGGAAUGCUUAAUAUUCUUGACAAGAGGGUAAAAGAAUCAGAGCGUAUAGCAAAAUUAGCAGAAAGUGAUGCUCGAGAAAAGGAUAAAGAUCUCGUAGAGGCCCUUAGACGUAUGAGGGAAUAUGAAUCGGGUGUAUAUGGUCUAGUGGAAGCUGUUGCUGAAAUUAACGAGCUGAAAACUCAAAUAAAAAUAAGAGACCAAGAAAUCGAAUCAUCAAUAAAGGAUAUCAACAAACUUCACUUGAAGCUUAAUGAUAUCCUUGAUGAAAAUGAAGAACUCAAGGACCGCUUAGGUCUUGAUCCAAAAACUGCAAUUGAUUUAACAGGAUUUAAAAAUAUUAAAGUUUUAAAAGAGCAACAGUACAGAGCAGAAAAUCAGGUUCUUUCGAAAGAGGUUGAAAGUCUGGAGGAAGAGCGGAUCAAUCUUAAAAAACAAAUUCGAAAAUUGGCACAGGAGAAAGGGAAAAGAGCUGCAUGUUUAGGUUUGAUUGCAGAUGACUUAAACUUAAGUGUUGAUUCUCCAGAAGAUCAGAAGUCUAAGAAGAAAAAGCUAUCAAGCAGCAUAGCUUUAGAUCAUUCAGAAGGAAUGGUAAAACUUACUGUCAUGAUAUAUAACAAAAAUAAGUUACCUGACCCAAAUUGAAUUUUCUAAAACUAGCAUAUCUUCCCCAAGCUUUGGGGAGCCAGCAUGUUCAUGUAGAACAAUGGAUUGAUACAAGGUAGCAUUUUUAAAGGAACAGUAACGUCAAAAAAUAAAAGUGUUUUAAAGUAAUGAAAAUAUACUGCAGUGUUGCCCUGCACUGUUAAAACUGAUGUGUUUGCUUAAGAAACACUACUAUUGUUUAUAUAAAUAAGCUGCUGUCUAGCAAUGGGGGCAGCCAUUCAAAGAAGAAAAGGCUCAAGUUACACAGCAGAUAGCAUAUAAGCUCUGUCUGUCUAAUGGUGUUAUCUUUUAUCCAUUAGUUAACCUGUGCCUUAUAGCCGUUUUUCAAUUUCCUCCUUUGCUACACAGCAGCUUGUUUAUAUGAACUAUAGUAGUGUUUCUGAAGCAAACAGAUCAGUUUUACCAGUGCAGGGCAACAGUACAUAAUAUUUUCAUUACUUUAAAACGCUUUCAUUUUUUGGUGUUACUGUUCCUUUAAGGCAUUCUGAUACUUGUAAAAUAAAAAGGUGUAUGCAGCUUUUAUUAAAUUAAAUCUCUUAGA